UGCUCCGUGGAGGUCCCGGCCUGGCGGCCCCCGCGUCUGCGCCAGUCCGGGGGCCCCACAGAGUCCCGGCGGGGCCGCGGGCAUGGCGGCCAGCCUGUGGAUGGGCGACCUGGAGCCCUACAUGGAUGAGAACUUCAUCUCCAGAGCCUUUGCUACCGUGGGGGAGACAGUGAUGAGCGUCAAAAUUAUCCGAAACCGCCUCACUGGAAUCCUGGCUGGCUACUGCUUUGUAGAAUUUGCAGAUUUGGCCACAGCUGAGAAGUGUUUGCAUAAAAUCAACGGGAAGCCCCUUCCAGGAGCCACACCUGCAAAGCGUUUUAAACUGAAUUACGCCACUUAUGGGAAACAGACAGAUAACAGCCCUGAAUACUCCCUCUUUGUGGGGGAUCUGACCCCAGAUGUGGAUGAUGGCAUGCUGUAUGAGUUCUUCGUCAAAGUCUACCCCUCCUGUCGGGGAGGCAAGGUGGUUUUGGACCAGACAGGCGUGUCUAAGGGUUAUGGUUUUGUGAAAUUCACAGAUGAGCUGGAACAGAAGCGAGCCCUGACAGAGUGCCAGGGAGCCAUAGGACUGGGGUCUAAACCAGUGCGGCUGAGCGUGGCCAUCCCCAAAGCGAGCCGUGUGAAGCCAGUGGAAUAUAGUCAAAUGUACAGUUAUAGCUACAACCAGUAUUAGAAGCAGUAGCAGAACUACUACGCCCAGUGGGGCUAUGACCGGAACACCGGCAGCUACAGCUAUAGUUACCCCCAGU